CAGGAAAUACUGGUCGACCGCAAGGAUGCAACGAGAUUGAUUUGGCAGCUUUAAGUAACGUAUCGAAUGCCACUGCUCUGAAGAGAACUCCAGCAACAGAUGAGUUCUACAAGUAAGAGCCUAUACUACUCUAUACAAGUAUUUAAAGUUCUUCAUUGUUGAUUUUGUGAAUAGUAUUUUAUUAUUGGGUAAAAGUGAUGGUAUAGAAAAUUUUGGUGUGCCUGGACGAUACUAUGCACUUGUACUGUUCGGCGCGUGGAUUAUCGUGUGCUUGUGUAUCAUACGCGGCGUUAAAUCAUCGGGAAAAGUUGCUUAUUUUACCGCCAUAUUUCCCUACAUUGUAUUACUUAUACUAAUCAUCCAAAGUGCAACACUGAAAGGAGCUGUCGACGGUGUGAAAUUUUAUAUUAUACCAAAACUAAAGACAAUCGGUGAAUUUAAGACUUGGCAGGCAGCUGCAGGACAAGUCUUCUUUUCUCUGGGUUUGAGUUUUGGUUCAUUAAUUGCCUACUCAAGUUCAAACAAAUUUAAUAAUAACUUUUUCCAGCAAAUGUGUAUUGUUGUAUUAUGCGAUUGCUUCACGGGUGUAUUCGCCGGAUUUGCUGUCUUCUCCACCAUUGGUUUUCUAGCUAAAGAACUCAAUAGCACUGUUGAGAGUUAUGCACAAGCAUCAGGACCGGGCCUCGCGUUUAUUACUUAUCCAGAAGCCAUUACAAAAAUGCCAGCCAGUCCAUUUUUUGCCAUUAUAUUUUUUCUCAUGUUAUUAGCACUUGGCCUUGGCUCACAGUUUGCAUUAACCGAUGUUCCGAUCACCUCACUGUGUGAAUUCUUUCCAGCACUAUCCCGUAAAAGACCAUAUGUUGUUAUUGUCACAUGUAUUGUUUCCUUUCUUAUCAGUUUGCCAUUUACUUGUCCGGGUGGCUAUUAUUGGUAUGAGCUGAUACAAGAGUAUGCAGCUGCUUUAUCCGUACUUGUGGUUGGCUUUUUUGAAGUUGUUUGUAUUUCAUACAUAUAUGGUUUUAAUCGAUAUAUGAACGAUGUGAAAAUGAUGUUAAGAAAACGCGCAGCUGAAUAUUAUUUAUUUUUAACUUGGAGAAUAACUGCUCCUCUUCUCUUGUUGUCUCAAACUAUCAGUUAUGAUACCAGAAAUCAUCUAGUGCCCGAUCAAAAUUAUGAUGAAAAACCACGCUAUUUGGAAGCAUUUACACGUAAUAACGCGCCAGCUCACGAUUGGGGACCAAAGAAGAAUGCGAAUCGUAUCGGAAAUUACGCACAUUUGAAUAAAAAUUUGCAACCA